CCCUACUGUUCGUUCUGAUUGCGUAUUGCCUGUAUCAGGCAUAUAGCUACGCUCUCACACUCUCUUUGUCCUUCAUUAACCUCUUCCGCUCUCCUUCAUUUCUUUUGCGAAUUCAAUUUCCUACCGCCAAUUCAAUCGAAGGACAAAAAGGCACCAUGACCCCGAAAUUGGCUGCAGCACGGUAUGGCAAGGAUAAUGUCCGCGUCUACAAGGUGCAUCGCAACGAGGAGACAGGCGUCCACACCGUCGUUGAGAUGACAGUAUGCGUCCUGCUCGAAGGGGAUAUCGAGACGUCUUACACCAAAGCCGAUAACAGCGUCGUCGUCGCCACGGACUCCAUGAAAAACACAAUUUACAUCAUGGCCAAGCUAUACCCGGUGACUCCGCCGGAACUCUUCGCCUCCAUCCUCGGUUCCCACUUCACAGCCACAUACCCGCACAUCCACACCGCGCACGUCGACAUCGUCACCCUCCGCUGGGCACGUAUGACAUUUGAUGGAAAACCACAUCCCCACUCCUUCCUCCGCGACGGUACGGAAACCCGCAACGUCUCCGCCACCGUCUCCGAAGGAAACAGCGGCAGCAAAGACAUCACCUCACUAACCAGUACAAUCAGCCUAACCUCCUCUAUCUCGGGCCUCUCCGUCCUAAAAUCCACAAACUCACAAUUCCACAACUUCAUCCGGGACGAGUACACCACGCUCCCCGAAACCUGGGACCGGGUGCUAAGCACCAACGUCGACGCCAACUGGAUGUGGCAGCCCUUCACGUCCGUCGACGCCGUGAAGCACUUGAGCUGGCACAAGGGCCUCAAGAACACGGGUAAAAACGCGGAAGUUUACGUACCGCAGUCGGGCCCGAAUGGUCUUAUCAAGUGCAAAGUGGGCCGGGCCGGAGAAAACCGUCGGGAGACGCCGAAGUUAUAG